GACCCCCCUACAGCAGGCUAUAGUUAAUACACAGGUGGUAGAUGGCUUCUUUGUGAAGAGGGUCCAGGACGUGAAGGAGUCUGUAGCCUACCUCACUGUCAUGACCCGAUACCUCUCCAAGCUAUACCAGAACUGUACGUUGGUCUGUCGCUCCAGGGAGCUAGAGGGGGAUGGACAGAACGAGGAAGAGUGUGGAGGGAGGGAGAGAGAGGACCCCUCCUGUUCUCUCAUCUCCUUCGCAGAGUUCAACCAAGGAGCUGUCAAGAACAAGUGUCAGACAGUGAGAGAGGUGUUUGCCAGACAGCUGAUGCAGAUCUCUGGACUCUCUGGUGAUAAGGCUGUUGCUAUACUAGAGCACUACAGUACUCUACACAGUCUGUUGAAAGCAUAUGAGCAGUGCCCCAGCGACACAGAAAGAGAGAAACUACUCUCCUCCAUCCGAUAUGGAAAACUGAAAAGGAACUUGGGUCCAGCUUUGAGUCGCACAGUUUACCAGCUCUACUGUACGAAAGGAGCACUGUCAUAGACACACACACACACACACACUCACACUCACACACACUCACACACACACCACAACACACACACACCACAACACACACCACAACACACACACACACACACACCUCUACAACGUAGUGGUUAAGUCAUUCCCUGCCAAUGUAAACCUAUAUGUAAGCGGCAGCGGGGUAGCCUAGUGGUUAGAGUAGGUAGCCUAGUGGUUAGAGUAGGUAGCCUAGUGGUUAGAGCAGGUAGCCUAGUGGUUAGAGUAGGUAGCCUAGUGGUUAGAGUAGGUAGCCUAGUGGUUAGAGUAGGUAGCCUAGUGGUUAGAGCAGGUAGCCUAGUGGUUAGAGCAGGUAACCUAGUGGUUAGAGCAGGUAACCUAGUGGUUAGAGCAGGUAGCCUAGUGGUUAGAGCAGGUAGCCUAGUGGUUAGAGCAGGUAGCCUAGUGGUUAGAGCAGGUAGCCUAGUGGUUAGAGGCAGGUAGCCUAGUGGUUAGAGCAGGUAGCCUAGUGGUUAGAGCAGGUAGCCUAGUAACCGAAAGGUUGCGUGAUCGAAUCCCCGAGCUGACAAGGUACAAAUCUGUCGUUCUGCCCCUGAACAAGGCAGUUAACCCACUGUUCCUAGGCCGUCAUUGUGAAUAAGAAUUUGUUCUUAACUGACUUGCCAAGUUAAAUAAAGGAUAAAAUAAAGUAUUAUUUUAAAAAGUUCCAGAAAUUAUGUUUAAGAAUGAAUUAAAGUCUUGGCUGUAGUUUGGAGAAAUAUUCUUUGUUGUUGUCGUCACUGUUAUAAACGCAUUUAUUACCCAUAACUCCCAGAGCUGUUCCAGUUGAUCACAUUAAAGCAUUUUCUGCUUAUAAUGGCCCUAAUAUACUGAGUGUACAAAACAUUAGGAACACCUACUCUUUCCAUGAGACUGACCAGGUGAAUCCAGGUGAAAACUAUGAUCCCUUAUUGAUGUCACUUGUUAAAUCCACUUCAGUCAGUGCUGAUGAAGAGGAGGUGGGUUCAGUCAGUGCUGAAGAGGAGGUGGGUUCAGUCAGUGCUGAUGAAGAGGGACAGGUUCAGUCAGUGCUGAUGAAGAGGAGGGACGGGUUCAGUCAGUGCUGGUGAAGAGGGACGGGUUCAGUCAGUGCUGAUGAAGAGGGACAGGUUCAGUCAGUGCUGAUGAAGAGGAGGAGAAGGGUUCAGUCAGUGCUGAUGAAGAGGAGACGGGUUCAGUGCUGAUGAAGAGGAGGGACGGGUUCAGUCAGUGCUGAUGAAGAGGAGACGGGUUCAGUGCUGAUGAAGAGGGACAGUGGCGACACGUCAUUCUGUUUUGAACCCUGCCUUUUAAGCUGGAAAAAAAGAGUUUGUUUUUAUGUUAUUUUGGCGUUGAUACGUGUGUCACAUAUCAGUUUGCAGAGAAUGUAAACCAUGUAAUAAAGCCGCAUACAAACCAUG